AUACAUAUCAUAUAAAAAUUCGAGUGAUCUUUUCACCCAUAAAUCAAAUAUAGUGAAAAAGCUUUUUGUACUUAAAGUUUCUAUUGAAUUUAGAUAACUUCAUGCAGACGUAUUCAUGUAAAUACUAUAAAUUAUCAAUGCACUUUAAUAUAACAUCUUAUGAAUAGUUUUGAUGCAAUAUUUACAUAAUUUCAAAGUAAAUUAAAUAGCAUACUACUAUUUUCAUACAACAAUAAAAGCGGUUGGAUGUGUUGAGCUUGUUUCUGAUUUUUAAUUUCAAAAAAACAACAAUGACAACGCCUAUACAAUUUGAUUCAAGUACUAUAAGAGUUAUUUUGGCUGAGAUUUUGGAAUCUCUUACAACUUGUGAAAAUGCAUUGAAUUUAGAAGAUGCUAAAAGUAAGGCUGGCAAUGACAUGCUAAAAGUUAUGCAGUAUGUUUAUCCUAUAGUUGUUAGCACUCAGAUGGAUGUAAUAAAAAAAUAUGGGCUUCCUGAAGGACGAGAAGGAAUUAUAAAAUUUACCAGAAGUGUAGUUGCAUUUGAAAAAGAUGAUAGAGUAGUGGCUGAUCUUCACCGUCAAAUUCGAUCAUUUUAUUUGCCACCAGUCAAUGUUUCAAGUGUUGUGACUUCACAUGUGUAGAUUUAAUCAUUUAAUUUGUAAGAAAUGCCACAUGAAAAUUAAAAUAGUUUAUUGAUUAUGUUAUAAU